GCCUGCCUUUGCUGGAUGCUGCGCUCCUGAACUGAUCAGAACAUAUAAAUGUAGCCACCCACCUCUAGGAGGAAAACUGAGCUGCAGCCCUGGUGAAACAUAAAGUUAGCUGACUAAAAGUGACGCAAAAAUUCUUAAAGAGCUCUUUGGCAGCAGAUUAUCUGGAAAUCAGACCAUGUGAGGGGGAUUGGUGUACAAAAACCUCAACAAGAUGCUGAGUUGCCCACAGGCUGAGUUUCAGAGGCUCUGAAGCAAGCAUAGGGUCAGGGUUGCUCAGGCUUGGAUAACUCCAGGGGAAGACGCUUCCUAUUCAUCUGAAAGACAGCUCAGCGUGUUUCCAAGCCAGUGGAAAUAAAGACCAGAGAAGAAUCUCGUGGCGCUUCAGAGCGCACAGCUCUGAACAGUGCAAGGGGACUCUGUUCCAGGUCCACUUGCAAAUGGACAGGAGCAAUAUCGUUUAACUAGCAGAAUGGAAAAGACAACAUCUAACAAUGAGACGCUGCCCCUUACCACUAGGCAAGAGCUCUCGGUCUGUAAGGAAGGAGAAGACUGCAAAGAGAAUGGACUUCUAGUCAGGAACCCGAAAUCUGCCCUGCAGCUGGUGGAGGAUGGCAAUAAAGUCCACUCCAGUCAGGCGAAUAAAGAGGAGGCAGAGCAGAUCUCAAACGGGUUCUCAGUAGUUCAGAGCCCAGUGCCCUGCAAUGGAGUGGGAGAUGGAGAAGACGUCCAGUGCACUGCUCCCGCAGCCACGACUACAACGACCACCACAACUUCCACCACGUGUGGGGCAGAAGCUCAACAGCAGCUGAUGGAGUUGGAUGAGAGAGAGACCUGGAGUAAAAAAAUGGACUUUCUGCUUUCUGUCAUUGGCUAUGCGGUGGAUCUGGGAAACGUCUGGCGAUUCCCCUAUAUAUGCUACCAAAAUGGAGGAGGUGCGUUCCUCAUCCCAUACACAAUCAUGGCUGUCUUCGGAGGCAUUCCCCUCUUCUACAUGGAGCUAGCCCUGGGACAGUACCACAGAAAUGGGUGCAUCUCAGUCUGGAGGAAAAUCUGUCCAAUUUUCAAAGGAAUUGGCUUUGCCAUCUGCAUCAUAGCGUUUUACAUAGCCUCUUACUACAACACCAUCAUGGCUUGGUCCUUAUACUACCUCAUUUCCUCCUUCACGGCGGAGCUGCCCUGGACCACCUGCCAGAAUGCUUGGAACACAGGCAACUGCACCAGCUACUUUGGUACCGAAAAUGUCACCUGGACCCCGCACUCCAUCUCUCCUGCAGAAGAAUUCUAUACCCGCCAAGUGCUACAGGUACAUAGGUCCAAAGGGCUGGAUGACCUGGGGGGCAUUAGCUGGCAACUGACCCUCUGUUUAUUGUUGAUCUUCACCAUUGUGUACUUCAGCAUCUGGAAAGGGGUCAAAACAUCUGGCAAGGUGGUGUGGGUGACUGCCACGUUCCCUUACAUCAUACUUUUUAUCCUAUUGAUACGAGGUGCCACUUUGCCAGGAGCCUGGAGGGGCGUCAUCUUCUAUCUGAAACCUGACUGGCAGAAGCUCCUAGCUACAGAGGUUUGGGUGGAUGCUGCAGCUCAGAUUUUCUUCUCUCUUGGUCCAGGCUUUGGGGUCCUCCUAGCUUUUGCCAGCUACAACAAGUUCCACAACAACUGCUACCAGGACGCGCUGGUUACGAGCACGGUGAACUGCAUGACUAGUUUUGUCUCCGGAUUUGUCAUCUUCACCGUGCUUGGAUACAUGGCUGAGAUGAGGAACGAAGAUGUGUCCGAGGUUGCCAAAGAUACAGGUCCCAGCCUUCUCUUCAUUACCUAUGCAGAGGCCAUCGCAAACAUGCCUGCCUCAACCUUUUUUGCCAUCAUAUUUUUCCUGAUGUUAAUCACUCUGGGACUAGACAGCACGUUUGCAGGGCUGGAAGGGGUGAUCACUGCAGUGCUGGAUGAAUUCCCACACGUCUGGGGCAAGCGCAGGGAAUGGUUUGUGCUUGGUCUGAUCAUCACUUGCUUCUUGGGGUCACUAUCAACCCUAACGUAUGGAGGUGCGUAUGUGGUGAAGCUGUUCGAAGAAUACGCCACAGGGCCAGCUGUCCUAACAGUGGUGUUCUUGGAAUCGAUUGCUGUGGCCUGGUUCUAUGGCAUCACCCGGUUUUGCAGUGAUGUGAAGGAAAUGCUGGGCUUCACCCCAGGCUGGUAUUGGCGAAUUUGUUGGGUAGCAAUCAGCCCCAUCUUCCUUUUGUUCAUCAUUUGCAGUUUUAUAUCCAGUCCUCCCGACCUCCGGCUUUUCCAGUACAGCUAUCCCUACUGGACCACCAUAGUGGGUUACUGCAUAGGAACCUCCUCUUUCAUCUGCAUUCCAGUCUACAUGGUUUACCGGUUAUCAACCACCGCAGGAACAUUUAAAGAGCGUGUUUUAAAAAGCAUUACUCCGGAGACAGCCACAGAGAUCCCUUUUGGGGACAUCCGCAUGAACGCUGUUUAAGCUAACCUACCUUUUCUGGGGGAAAAAAACGACAUCAAUGUUUCUUUCCCGAGGCUCCCUCCUCCAAAGAAUUGAGUUUCCAGCUAAGCCAAGGAACAGGAGGGAGUUUUCCGCACAGGCUCAGAAACCGGCAAUGUGCAUCUGGAAGCACGGUGCCUCCAGCGUACAUAUCCAAACAUUUCCAUGAAAUCUGCUGUGCACUGCAAACCAGACUACAAGUUCACUGCUGAACUAAUUCAUUUAGGAAACAUGAGGAUAUUGCGUGCGUGUGUGUGUGUGAGAGAGAAUGCAGUCACUCGGUGGAUGAGCACCGGGGCCGUCUGGAAGCGUGUGUGACUCCCUCAAUCGUCCCUAAAACGUAGGAUGAAUAUCAUCAGUUAGGAUUAGAUUUAGAAUCUCAAGUCUGUGGCUGUACUCCUGUACCUUCCUCAAUGUGACCAUUUGUACUGGACCAUGUUGUAUUUGCUUCUAAGGAUCUCAUUGCUUCAACAAAGGUUGAAAAAUACAGGAAAAUAGUUCUGAUAGCCAUAUACUACCCAAGUUAUUCAGAGCUUUGUAGCUUAAAAAAUGAAUAGGACUCUCAGACCCUAGGGUAUUUUGUUGUGGAACAAGCAGAGGAUGAUGUAGGAAACAAGCCCAAAGAGCACUGUACUGCUCUGUACACAGUAGCACACCCAGAUAGGAGCAUUUUCCUCCCCUGUUCCUUAUACCACUUCUGCCUCUGUCAAAAACAGGAUACUGGGUUAGCUGGACCACUGGUCUGACCCAGUACAGCACUGUUGGUGUUCUUACGUUCUGUUGUGCACUUUGGACCACACCAGUUCCCUUUAGUUGGUUCUUGCAAAAGUCACACGCGCCAGAAUGAUUUUUAAAGCUCUGGGUUUCACAAAAUGCUUAGCCUCUUCCCAUUUCUGUCUGGGACCAGUUACACAAAACAGUCAGCCCACCCACUUCUUGGUCAUAGGUCACUCGACAAGCUGUGAUGAUGUUAGCAAAUGCUACGCUCCGUUGCCAUCUCUCCAUCACUUUUAGCUACAUACUCACAAUGACAUUUCCCAGACAAACUACUUUCUUUCGAAACGGGAGCCCAAUGUGAAUUGCUUUAAGGUCAGAUGCCAGAAGCUGGACCAUUGCUUGUUUAUGGGAAUUGUACUCCACAGCUAUAAUCUGCUGGAGCUUGUGGUUUUUUCCUAUUGUUUUCUUGUUACAAAACUAAAAUUUGGGGUAGCUCUUUAGACUUGGUGGUUUACAAAGCUUUACCAAAAAUAUAGCAGUCUGUACUAAAAUCAACUUUUUCUAGCCUUUACCCUGAAGAUGAAAGGGGAGGGGAUGGGGGAUAUUUUACCCUGAACAAGUGCUUGAGUGAAAUUCUGCAAGGGUGAAUCCUAAUGGUAACUGUUGGUAUAUAACUUAGAGCAUUUAAUUGCAAUUUAAAUUCCAUGUAACUUUAAAUUCAAUACAGCAUAUAUAUGUACUUGCACCUUCCAAAUAAGGGAGCAGGUUAAAUAGUGAGUAAACUUCUGACUAACUGCUACUGCCACGUCAACUGCAGGACCACAGAAUGACUAUGCAGUUAGAUGGAAGUUGCUUAGCUAAACCUAUGUAGUUACUAUGUAAAUAAAGAAGAUUUAUGUUAUAUUUUUACCCCUACCACUUGCAGCCUUACAAAGUUUUGUUAUAAAACCCUAAACAAAUGAAAUUAAAAUAGGGCAUAACACUUCCUGAUACCUCUGCCUAUGUGAUGGAGUGCUAAAAAUGAGGUCACAUGUGGAUUUAUAGAGGCAGACACUCAGAAACCAGCAAAAAGAGGGGGAAAGGCUUACAGCAACAGAAAGAACCUGCCUUGUGCACAAAGGAGUGUACUCACGUGUUUGUCAUCUAAAUACUAUACAUCUUACAAGGGUUUUCUCCCUCUGUAUGUAGACAUCUACUCCAAAGCAUGCCUAUUAGAGUAACCCGGUAGAUGUGAGAUCAUUUAUCGUUAGGUGUUUAACCUAACCCACUUCCAAGGAAAUAAUUUAGAGCAGCGAAAGAUUAAUUUGGUCUAAACUGCUGACAAAGAGUACUAGGGCCACACAAGUCCUGUCUAACGGAAAUACUGUUCCAACAGCACCAUGAGAGACAAAAUAAAUCUGUUUCUCACUGGAUAAUGACUUGCAACUUAACCCUCACUACAUGUAAAAGUGACUUUUAAAAUGGAUUUUACACUGAGCGGACAUAGGGUAUGCUGGAGUUGAACACAAGUUGACUAAAAAAAACCCGUGUAGGACGUGCUUUUUUAACAUUUAAAACUAUCUAAUAUUUCAUAUCACCAGUAAAGCAGAAGCACCAGAAAAUUAGAAGCCACUUGAUUGUUAAACGUUUCUGCCAUGAGCUUGUUAUUGAAGAAGUACAUAUGAAGCUGCAGCAUAGAACAAGCAGGAUAAUCACACACUUCCUACAUCACUUUUGGGAAAUAAAGAAUCACUAAAUCAGAUUAGGCAAUCCCAGCUGGUCCGUGUCCAACCCAUGCCAGAAGUGUCACUUACUAUUUUUAAACAGACACCAAAUAUAAACUGAAUUUCUGCCUGCACCAAAGCAAACAGUAUCAGCUAGCUUUGCUAGGCUCAUUCAAAAAAAGUGCUGCUUAAAAACUCAGCUCACAGCUCUGCUUUCUGUUAGUUUUUACUAAGUCCUGCUACAAAACACAGCACAAGGAGACAGUCGGCUGCCAUCCAGCAGGAAGCAGAAGGUGGUUAGGUUCAGAAAGGGCACUAUCCACAGUGAAGCCAGAAAGGUCCUUUCCCAAAGUGGAACAUGGGACGUGAAUUCUGCCAGGUACCUCUGUAGAAAUCUCUGCUUUUUCCUGGGCGUUGGAAGAGUAUGGGAACUGUGUGGCAAUGCCAUAUUAUGGCCUUAUUACUGUAAUUGUAACUGGGGGGCAAAAAAAACCCCAAAUCCUGAUUUGUCCUAUUCAGACAGUAAUAUGCAACAAGCAGUGGCUUCCUGGGCGAUUUCAGCACAGAAAAUUAAACAGGUGCCCAAGGGGAGCAGACAUCAGCCAGAAUACCCUGAGCUUAAACAGGAGCCCUACCACUGAUACACUGUGCAUCAGAUGGAUAAGUCUUAACUGACUUCCCUGGGCACUGGAGGAAACCCCGAAAGAAGAAACCACUACCUUGACAGUCAGAUGAUGCCAAACAGGCCUCAGAUUCUGCAGAGAAAUUAAGCCCGGGCUUAAUUUCAAAGCAUCUGAGAACUGCCAUUCAAAAGUGUUAGCUGUCAGAGCAGAAAACCUGGGAAAUUUGAAAGCUGCAAGUUUCGGCAAAGGAAGAUGGCAAUUAAGAAGCUGUAAAUUAACCUGUUGGCUGGACCACCGGUAAAAUUAGCUGCGAGGAUCUCUCUCUGAAUUCCCCAACUACUGAUUAAGAAGCUACUGUACUUGUACAUAAGCACUAAGGGAAACAAAGACAUGCUAAUGUGGGUGUAUGUUUUAUUUGUCCCGAUCUCCUUUGAGGAAUGACCGUAAUGUGCACAUUCUGCAUAUCUAGAAUGUCAGAAGAAAAUUCAGACUUCUGAAAGAGAAGGUUUGGCUAAUUUUCUCAAGCCUCAAGAAUUUUAGCUGGGAUAUCCAUUUUACUUAACACAGCAAGGAAAUUCAGAAGCAGCACCGCUGUUUUCUCAGUGCUUAGCGUGAAGUAUGACUCUCAGUAUUAAAGCACUGAGAUGCCGUGCAAUCGAUCUGAGUAACUCAGUCAUCCAACCCGAUCGAGAGGUGUCACCUUAAAUAACUAGAAGCCCACCAUGCGUGUGCUCUUUCCCAAACCCAGAUGGAAAUAUAGGUCCUGUCCUAAAGAACAGUGAUUCUUAGAGAGAGAAAGGAGAGAUCCCCUCCCAAAAGACUUCCUUUCUUUGCCUCUCAGAAGGAUGAAAUGUCCUAGGUUUUAAGAGAACUGGUCCAACAGCAACACUUCCAAGAGGAAGAAACAAUCAAACACCUUUUCGUCUCAUCUUUAUCUUUUCCAAGUCGUGUGACCCCAGGAGGGAUGCAUGUUCUCAUUUGCAAGUGUUAUAUCUGUGCAGAAAGCUGAAGACAGAAACUGAAAUGGCACAAAAGAAAUUCUCUUAAGCGGAAGGGAUAUAGAGGAGAUGCUCAUAUUUUACCCACUGAAAACUUUGCUUAAGGAGAUUUUAUUUGCUGGUUUGAAUGUCACAGUUCAGAUUUUAGUGGAGGGAUUCUGUAAGUAUAAAAUGCAGAACCAUUUUUAACGACAUCCUCUUCAUGAGGCAUAAUCCAAAUCAAGGCCUUUCUGGUGUAUUUUGGGAACAGGGAAUCAGCAUGCCUUCCGAAAACAAAUUUUAAAGUGCAGAACUUUCUUUUUCAAUAUAAUGCAAAGAUGUAACCCACGCAUACAUACACACAAACACACCCCCCGCCCCACGUGCCCCUUUUCAAGAGCUGAACAGGCAUACUACUUUAAUUCCCACAAAUUUUUAAUUGCACAUUGGCUUGAGGUUUUCUUAAGUCUUCAUUCUGAUCACAAGUUAGUUUCCCCAACAUCUCUGGUUAGCUCAGAAGCUCACAGGCUGAAGCCAUGUUGUGCCAUUUCAUUUAUUUUCAUGGUUACCACUACCUUUUUUAUUCCUUUUACACACUAUUCCAAAAUCAUUAACAAUGUCAGUAAUUAUCAGUUAGCUCAAUAAGUAAUUUUAUACAUGCAUUAGACGUGGAAUCUCUCUUUCACCAAAAUCUUAGUUCUACGGUUGCCAAAGGGGCUACACACCAGAUUUGAAAGCUUUUCAGACCACAAAGUCCUUUUCUUCCUCAUUGAUUUACCAGUUCCUUACACAGAAUGCCAUAAAACCCCAUUCCCUGAUGUGAAAAGUGAUACGGAAACUUCCAAAGCCAGUUUUACCUUCCUCUGUGAACUGGGAGUAUGUUUGACUUUUAAGCUUUAGGAGGAGCAUUAAACUGGAGUUUUAUUUGUACAGAAAUAAAUAUUCCCUCCAACUUGUAUACCAUGUACCUGUAUUAAUUUAUGCAGCUGUUUAGUUACGAGUGUUACAAGCUGGAUUGUAAGUCAUCAGUAUGUGCCUUGUAUUGUAAACUGUUACUGUAAUAAAUUUAAUAUCAUAAUAAA